UUGCGCACGUUACGCUUUCGACUCCUUGAGGUGCCUGCUCGGCCUCCCAGUUGUGCUUCCGGUGCGAAGGUCGGGGACAAGAUGGUGCCGCCCGUCCAGGUCUCUCCGCUCAUCAAGCUCGGCCGCUACUCCGCCCUGUUCCUCGGCGUGGCCUAUGGAGCCAAGCGCUACAGUUAUCUAAAACCUCGGGCGGAGGAAGAAAGGAGGAUAGCAGCUGAGGAGAAAAAGAAGGAGGAUGAAUUGAAACGGAUUGCAAGAGAAUUGGCAGAAGCCCAAGAUGACAGCAUAUUAAAAUGAGAGAUGUGCGAGAGCCUCCUUUUCUCCUGGAGCAGUAAUGGGUGAAUAAAGCUUUCUGUGAUGUAUAACAUGACUCUCAA